AAUAAUAAUAAUAAAUCUUUUUGUGAAGCAAAUCACAACUAAGGAUGGUGGGUUUGAAGAGAUGCAUUGUGGCAUUAUUGUCUGUUGUCUAUCUAACCUUCCAUGCUGAUGCCGCUAACAACUUCUGUGCCACCGCCAUUAACAAACGGCUUUGUGAGAAGAUGGUGAAGGGAGCACCAAACUGGAACAAGGCAAUAACCAAGGCCAUAACUGUGGCUCAGAGGGAACUAGCUAAGGCCAGUAAGUCAGGAAACCCCAAUUGCCAAGAGGCCUACAAAGACACAAAAGACAAAUUGAAGGAGAGCAAGGUGACAGCUAAGCACGGGAAUAAGGAUGGUGACUUGAACUUCCAACUCUCAGCAGCACUAACCAGCCUUGAAGACUGCACUAAUGCACUCAAAGAUUUGAAAGAAGACGCAUCUGCUGCUACGAAAUUGAACCAUGGUGUCGAGCAAGCAAUCAGAAUUUGUUUGGCUAUUGAUACAUCCAGUGGCGGACCCAGAAAACUUCUUCAAUGGGGGCGAAACGCAUUAAAACAAAAUAGAUAGUUUGAUAAAAAAUAAAACAGU